AUGCACAAGCCCAUAUCUAACUUAAUCAUCAGAUCAUCUUCUCAAUAUAAAAUCAAAAACGAAACGAAAUUCCAAAUAGCUUGGCCGCCGUCGAAACCAAGUCAACGACUCCGGCUCGGUCCCAAACUGCUCCUUCAAAUCCAACAACUACCUCCAAAUCACCGGCCAGUUCCUGUGCUAGAAAUCUGGCAGCCAUCACUCCUCAAAUCAAAAUCAACAAGAGGUUUCCUGCAACCCCUAAAGCUCGGACCGAAAGACUUAUACGCCACUCUACAUCAGCCGUAUAUCACCAAGAAUGAACCGCCACAGAAACAGGGGCAUUCCCAAGAACGAGAUGCACAUCAAAAUAGCGGCGGUCAUGCCCAAAAAAAGGAGACCGUCGCCGCAAUGUGCCAUCCGCCAAGCAAUGAAAACACCACAUCAGAAAUUCACUUCCGCGACGCACGAUGCAUCUGGCUGGCUAGUACUUGCUCAACUGAGAAAAGUACGCCCUGUUACAGAUUUGCUAUGCAGGAUGAAGAAAGUAUGACCGACUCCAAGCAGUGCCAGAUGAUCCUACAAUGGGAGAAACGGACUCCCUCUAUGAAUGGAGAUGGGGCACCGCGGUCUCGAGAUACCGAAAAUUUUGUUCUCGUGGCGAUUGAUCGCAAGACACACCGGAAGAAUAAAAUUGCGACCAUGAACCGGAGUGGCUUUGAGAUUACUAUUCGGGAGAGAUUGAUCUUUGAUCAUCCUCGCACUUGUUUGGCAUUCCCGGAUCCUGUUUCUGCUGGCGCUGCGAGUCCGGAUUCUUGUGCGGAUUUAGAGACUUGGUUAUAUACUCAUGUAUUGACGUUUGGCAUUUGGGUGGCUUCUCAAGAGAGAUGGUUGGCUUAA